CGAAACUCCCUUAGCACCUAACAGGGAAUAGAUAAACAAACAAAUGGCUUCCACUAGCGAAAACAAUAGUAUGAAGAUUGAGCAAGUGAAGACUGCUCCUCACGAAAAGCGUGUUGCUACUCAUUCUCACAUUAAGGGACUUGGUUUACGUGCAGACGGUACUGCCGAACCCAUUCAAUCGGGUUUUGUGGGCCAAGAGAAUGCGCGUGAAGCCAGUGGUAUUGUCGUCGACAUGAUCAAGAGUAAGAGUAUGGCAGGUCGUGCACUUUUAUUCGCUGGUGCUCCCGGUACAGGUAAAACAGCCAUUGCCCUUGCUAUUGCUCAGGAAUUAGGACCCAAGGUACCCUUCCGUCCCAUUGUGGGUUCUGAAGUCUUUUCCAGUGAAAUCAAAAAAACAGAAGUCUUGAUGGAGAACUUUAGAAGAUCGAUUGGAUUGCGCAUGAAGGAAACAAAGGAAGUAUAUGAAGGUGAAGUGACAGAAUUGACACCUGAGGAAACAGAGAAUCCUUUGGGUGGUUAUGGUAAAACUAUUUCGCACGUCAUUAUCGGUCUCAAGACCAUUAAAGGAACAAAGCAAUUGAAGUUGGAUCCCAGUAUUUAUGAGUCCAUUCAAAAGGAAAAGGUGACUGUGGGUGAUGUGAUCUACAUUGAAGCCAAUACCGGUGCUUGUAAGAGAGUAGGUCGUUCCGAUGCAUAUGCUACCGAGUUUGAUUUAGAAGCAGAGGAAUACGUGCCCUUGCCAAAGGGCGAUGUUCAUAAAAAGAAGGAAGUAAUUCAAGAUGUGACACUUCAUGAUUUAGAUGUAGCCAACGCCAAACCUGAGGGAGGCCAAGACAUCAUGUCCAUGAUGGGACAAUUGAUCAAGCCUAAAAAGACAGAGAUUACAGAUAAACUUCGACAAGAGAUCAACAAGAUCGUCAACAAAUACAUUGAACAAGGCAUUGCGGAGUUAGUUCCCGGUGUCCUCUUUAUUGAUGAAGUACACAUGUUGGAUAUCGAGUGUUUUACGUAUUUGAACAGAGCCCUUGAAUCACCUUUAUCUCCUAUUGUGAUUUUUGCUACAAACAGAGGUAUGUGUACCAUUCGUGGUACAGAGGAUGUGGUGUCUCCUCAUGGUAUUCCCGUAGAUUUGUUAGAUCGUCUCUUGAUUAUUCGUACACUUCCUUAUACCGUGGAUGAGAUCAAAGUCAUUAUCACUAUUCGUGCAAGAAUUGAGGGUUUGACUGUAGAAGAUGAAGCUAUUGAACACAUUGCCACAACUGGUAUUAAUACCUCUUUAAGAUACGCUGUUCAGUUAUUGACACCAUCCAGCAUUCUUUCCGAGAUCAAUGGCCACACAUCAAUUACUUUGGACGACGUUAAGGAAGUGGAUGACUUGUUCUUCGACUCCAAGAAAUCUGCCAAGCACUUGAUUGAGCAAGAGUCUCAAUUCCUUGUUUAAAGACCAAAAUCAAUCAUCCUCAUCAAGCUUUUGUACAAAUUAUAUAAAGAAAAAGAAAAAAACCUUAUCAUUCUA